GACUGCUGGCCAGCGUGGACCUGUGCGUCGUUGCAUGGCCGACCUGGAGACUCGCUCUCCGCAAGGUGAGACGCGCGGACCGAAGAGGAGGCCUCGAAAGAUCGGCAGGAAUUCUCGUGAAAGCCGCCUCUUCCUUUCUCGUCUGCGGACCGCCGGUCGAACUCGCGCGCACCUUCGCUGCCUUCGUCGAACGUGCCCGUGUAAUCGCGAGUGAUCCGUGAAACAAACCGACGCCGACCUCUCCUCGCUCUCUACGGCCAGGCUCGUUUAGACGAGCACACCGCGCUCGUCGUCGAGCUCGUGGGUGGAUAUACGCUUCCUCGCCGCGCGGAGUACGCCGAGCACGCCGAGUACGCGAAGACCGAAGGGGAAUCGGAAUCGGCUGACAGCGCCGGCCAGCUCUCGAGGAGUAUUGUUGUCAGCGGCGGAAAACAGGUUGCCCGGGGGAUCGCGUUGACUAUAAACUUUCGGAUUUUAUGCGUUCGGAGGAACGACAAAGGAAUCCGUUUCUCUCCCGCGCUCGGCAACUCGAACUCGAGACGGCCGAGAACGGGUUCGUGGAAGCAAUGCCAGGCGGCCGCGGCGGACUGCGCCGUCAACGUGUUUGACAGUGAUAACAGCGCGCGCGCGCGCGCGCACGCACGCCUCAUCGGUCGGCUCGCCUCGACUCGCACCUCUCUUAUCGGCGUCAAGCAAACCCGAUCUCGCGUUGUACCGCGAUCAGUCGAUCUCAUGGACACGGACGCGGCCGUCUCGAGGCGUCCGCUGACUAGCAUCGCGCGUGGCCAAACCCGCGAGUGACUUCGCGUCCGCAUCCGCAUAUCGAUCGCGCUCGGAUCGAGCUCGGACCGGGCUCGGCUCGAGCUCGCGGUUCUCGCCGCCGAUCCACGACAACCGGUGCGAUUCGAUUUCCCUCCGAGCACAACCACGUGGACCCUGGGACGCCGGUUUUACGUGAAAGUGCUGCGAUAGUUGUUGCUGCCGAAUGCUCGCAGUGUGGUGCACGCAAAACUCCGGAGACACGGCAGCUUGUUUUGAAAGUGAACGUUCGUUUCCUUGAAGUUUCGUACGCGCUGCGCGUCGAAUGCCUCGCCUUGGAUAUUUCGCCGGACCACAACGAUCGCCUCUGAAUCGACGCGAAACAUGGCGAUGAGAGGAACCAUGCGAAGAAGACGUUGAAGAGACAGCGAUGGCAGCAGCGGAAACACGUCUUCGAGGUUCUUCCGAUCUUCUCCUUGCUCGUGACAGUCGAAGAGGGCACGAAGAAGUGGGCAUCGUUGACAGGAUCACCUGGGCAAGGUCCAUGGGUUCGUAGAGGGCAUGAGAGCUCAUCAUGUUCGAACACCGACACGGGCCACGAACGCUAUCGACCUGCAACCUCUUCGGCGUGAUAUUGCUCCUAGUGAUCGUCGCCGGUAGCUACGAUGUGUCAGCGGAUCUCAGCUCCGAGUUUGUCAAAGGAAAAAUCUGCAUCGGAACCAAUGGCCGCCUCUCCGUUCCGUCCAAUAAGCAGCACCACUACCGGAAUCUUCGAGACCGGUACACCAACUGUACUUAUGUCGACGGCAACCUGGAGAUCACAUGGCUCCAGAACGAGACCUUCGACCUCAGCUUCCUCCAGUAUAUCCGGGAGGUCACCGGCUACGUCCUCAUCAGCCACGUGGACGUCCGGAAGAUCGUCCUGCCGCGGCUGCAGAUCAUACGCGGCAGAACACUGUUCAAGCUCAACAUUCACGAGACCGAAUUCGCCCUGUUCGUCACGAUGUGUCAGAUGCAGAACUUGGAGAUGCCGGCCCUCAGAGACAUCCUCAACGGCAGCGUGGGCAUGUACAACAAUUACAACCUCUGCCAUAUCCGCACGAUCAACUGGGACGAAAUAAUCACCGGCCAGAGCGGGACGUAUUCCUAUGUGUACAAUUUCACGUCGCCGGAGCGCGUCUGCCCGCAGUGCGACAAGAGCUGCGAGCAGGGCUGCUGGGGCGAGGGGCCCGAGAACUGCCAAAGGUUCUCGAAAACGAACUGCUCGCCGCAGUGCUGGCAGGGCAGGUGCUUCGGGCCCAAUCCGCGGGAGUGUUGCCAUCUUUUUUGCGCCGGUGGCUGCACGGGCCCGAAACAGAGCGACUGCCUCGCCUGCAAGAACUUCUUCGACGACGGCGUGUGCACGCAGGAAUGCCCGCCCAUGCAAAAGUACAACCCAACGACGUACUCGUGGGAAGCUAAUCCCGAUGGAAAAUACGCGUACGGCGCCACUUGCGUUAGAAAGUGCCCGGAGCACCUCUUGAAGGACAACGGGGCGUGCGUAAGGUCCUGUCCGCCGAAGAAGAAGGCCCUGAACGGCGAGUGCGUGCCCUGCGACGGCCCCUGCCCGAAAACCUGCAAGGGCGUCGAGAAAGUGCACUCCGGGAACAUAGACAGCUUCAACGACUGCACGAUCAUCGAGGGCUCGAUCACGAUCCUGGACCAGAGCUUCCAAGGCUUCCAGCACGUCUACCCUAACUUCAGCUUCGGCAAACGAUACGAGAAGAUGCACCCCGACAAGCUGGAAGUGUUCAGCACGCUGAAGGAGAUCACCGGGUUCCUGAACAUCCAGGGCGACCACAAGGACUUCAAGAACCUGUCCUACUUCCGGAACCUCGAGAUGAUCGGCGGCAGAACCCUCACGGAGUACUUCGCCUCUUUGUACAUCGUGAAGACGUCGCUGGUCUCGUUCGGACUCAGCUCGCUGAAGAAGAUCUACUCGGGAUCGAUCGCCAUAUUGGAGAACAAAAACCUCUGCUACGCGCAGAGCAUCAACUGGACCAGGAUCAAGAAGUCGUCGGAACACGAGAGCUUGCUGUCGAAUAAUCGGAACGAGACCGAGUGCAUAAAAGAUGGACUGGUGUGCGACGGCCAGUGUUCCGAGGAGGGCUGUUGGGGUCCAGGUCCGGCGCAGUGUUUGUCGUGCAAGAACUUCAUCCUAGGGAACGACUGUCUGCAAGAUUGCACCGCGCCAGGGAUUUAUCAGGCAGACGAGAAGACCUGCAAGCUCUGCCACGAGGAAUGCGACGGCACUUGCACCGGACCGAACGCGGAGCACUGCACCAAGUGCAAACACGCGCGGGACGGUCCGUUCUGCGUGCCCGAAUGCCCGUCCUCCAAGUAUAACGACAACGGCGUCUGCAAGGACUGUCACGGGAACUGCGUGGGCGGCUGCCAGGGACCCGAGAAUAACAUCGGCCUUAAUGGAUGCCACAGCUGCGAUAAGGCGAUCAUGAACGGCAAUGUAUCUGAAGGAUGUUUGCAGAAAGGAGAACCGUGUCCUGACGGGCAUUACUACGAAUGGGUGAGUCCUCAAGAGCAAGGGACUCUGAAGCCUCUGGCAGGGAAGGCUGUUUGCCGCAAGUGCCACCCCCGUUGCAAGAAAUGCACCGGUUACGGGUUCCACGAACACGUGUGCCAGGAGUGUACGAAAUUCAAAAGGGAGGAGCAGUGCGAGGACGAGUGCCCCGCCGAAUAUUUCGCGAAUGCCGACACUCAGCUUUGCAUACCGUGCUUCAGCGAAUGCCGGGGCUGCUUCGGCCGGGGUCCCAAUCAGUGCUACAAGUGUCGGAAUUAUAAGAUCUAUCUGGACGAAGACAUAGACGGCAACGCGACGGCCUUCAACUGCACGGAGACGUGUCCGCCCGAGUACCCUCACAAGAUCUUCCCGCUGGACAGCGAGCCCUAUUGCUCCGUGGAAACCGUGGGUCUCGGAUUCCAAGUGGACAACGAGCUGCAACCGGCUCUCCUGGCUGGCGUGGUGGUGUUCGCGUUGGUGUUCAUCGUGAUCACUGCCUUGAUCAUGUACUUCUGGCGAAUCCGGGCGAAAGCGAAGGAGAACACGGUGAAGAUGACGAUGGCGCUGACAGGGCUGGACGAUAACGAGCCUCUUCGGCCGACCGGGGUCAAGCCGAAUCUAGCGAAGUUGCGUAUCAUCAAGGAGGAAGAGAUGCGGAAAGGUGGAAUUCUGGGUUACGGAGCAUUCGGGAACGUCUACAAAGGUGUCUGGGUACCCGAAGGGGAGAACGUCAAGAUACCGGUAGCUAUAAAGGUCCUGCACGAUGGCACAGGAGCGAACACGUCCAAAGAGUUUCUGGACGAGGCGUACAUAAUGGCCAGCGUGGAGCAUCCGAACUUGCUUCAGCUCUUGGCCGUCUGCAUGACCUCGCAGAUGAUGCUCGUCACGCAGCUGAUGCCGCUGGGAUGUCUGCUGGACUUUGUGCGCACGUUCAAGGACAAGAUCGGCUCGAAGGCUCUGUUGAAUUGGUGCACGCAAAUCGCCAGAGGCAUGGCCUACUUGGAAGAGAGGAGACUGGUCCAUCGGGACCUUGCCGCGCGGAACGUCCUCGUGCAGACGCCAAACUGCGUGAAGAUCACCGACUUCGGUCUGGCCAAGCUCUUGGACAUCAACGAGGAACAGUACAAAGCCGCCGGUGGCAAAAUGCCAAUCAAGUGGCUGGCUCUAGAGUGCAUCCAGCACCGAGUGUUCACGCACAAGUCCGACGUCUGGGCCUUCGGCGUGACCAUCUGGGAGGUUCUGACCUACGGCGGCAGACCUUACGAGAACGUGCCUGCCAGGAACGUGCCGGAACUGUUGGAGAAGGGCGAGAGACUACCGCAGCCGACGAUCUGCACGAUCGAUGUUUACAUGAUCAUGAUCAAGUGCUGGAUGCUGGACGCGGAGUCCAGGCCCAGCUUCAAGGAACUGGCGGAGGACUUCGCAAAGAUGUCCAGAGACCCCGGCCGAUACCUUGCCAUCAAGGGCGAUAAAUACAUGAGGCUACCUUCGUAUACAUUGCAGGACGAAAAGGAAAUGAUACGGAAUCUUGCAUCGGACGGCCCCGAGGCGUUAGUGGACGCGGACGAGUACCUCCAACCGAAAUCUAGAGCCCCGAUCCCACCCGGACUUUCAACGUCGAACACUUCCGGUUCUCCGCCGAACACGCCCGUAAAAACCUGCUGGCCCAAUGGCAAGCCUCUCGCCGCCGACUCUCCCACGCCCCAAAAUCAACAAAACUGGGACAGGGAGCUGUUGAGGUACGGGGCGAAUCAUCGAAACGGUAAUGCGUCGCACGAGCCUGGAAAUUCCGGCCAGCACGCGCAUUUCGCACCACCGAACGGACACUGUGGCCACCCUGUUGGAUCGGACAGCUCCAGUUCGAGAUACUGUUCGGAUCCGUUGAAAAUGAUCAGCGUCAGAGAUUGCGACGUAACAGACGACUGUUACGACGGGGACGUGAACUCCGUGCACCAGCAGGCUCAAGUAGGAAACCUGAAGCUAGACUUGCCAUUAGACGAAGACGAUUAUUUAAUGCCAUCGCCGCAAUUGCCAGCGAAUACAACGCAGUACAUGGAUCUCAUAGGGGACUCGAAGCCAGCAGACAUAGAACCGAAGCGGAUCAACAACGGCUACCGAAAGUACCCCGAAUUCCUGACCAUCCAAGGGAAGACGUCCCUGGACAACCCGGAGUACAUAAUGUCGCAGGACGAAGGACCGUUAACCCCGCAGACGCUGGGAAUCCCGACACCGGACCUGGAGAAGGUCCUAACGAACGGGACCUUCGGCUCGCAGGUCAGACAGAGGAGUUCGGAAGAAGAAUCCGACCACGAGUAUUACAACGACUUCGAUCGCCUGGAACGGGAGUUGCAGCCGCUGAAGCCUCUCAGGAAGAACGAGACGACCGUUUGAUUCCGACGACGAUUCCUACACGAGAUUACUAUGUUUCCGCUGUACAGAACCGUAGAACUGGCAUCGUUCGGAAACGCAGCGACAAAUUCGGUUCCUAGUGCGUAGGAAACCCCAGAGUACUUAGAAAAGGACACUUCGCCCGAGUGCCGUGUUUCGAUUGUGAUUAGACGUAGAUCGCGAGAACUGUGCUAGCUCCCCGAUCCAGGGGAGGGCGUGUCUCGUGCACAAAGAACUGUUGCGUACGCGACCAACGAGUAGUGCAAAGAUAAUCUUAAUGUGCCAUUCGCAGUGGCUUGUAAAUAAAGUACUGUCUACCACUUGUUUAAGGCUAAUCUAAGAAACGACGUACAGUAAAUGGCAUAAGCGAUUGUCUACCCUUCAACCUUUACCUGACUUCGACGGUCCGCGUUCAACGCGCAUAGCCUCUUUCCCUAUGGCGGAUUCACGAUUAUGCUAGCUACAUCGUAACAGCGAAUUCUCUUCGAAAGCUAGAAUAAUGUUCGUAUGGCGGAAUAAAUUUCGAAAGGUAGAAUACACAUCUCUGCGAUAUGAUUCGUAGCUUCGAAAACUCGAAAGUCGGCCUACACAGCUUGUCCGUAAAUCCGCUACUGCCUUUUAGAGAAAGAGCCAUUCCAAUUGGACGAACACGGGCCCCUCUGUCUUUCGAAUGAAAUCAACUGCCCCCGAGUUUGAGCUUUCCCCUUUCGCCUCGUUUCCUGCGUUGGAAAAAUCGGCUGGCCGGAAUCUCCCGUUUCACGUGAUCCAUCACGAAUCACGAGACAUCAAAAAUGGUACUUGGAGCUGUUUAAUGAUCGCGAGAGUCACGAUGAAAUUUCCCCGGGUGCGCAACGUCUGCGCGGUUCGCCGCUGACUGUGAUAAGAAACGUUCUAAUAUUUCUCGUGGACACUUGAAAACAUCUCACUGUUCCAGCCUGUCGUUUUAUAUCUCUCUCUCUCCCCCCCCCUCUCUCUCUCUCUCUCUCUCUCUCUCUCUUUCUAAUUAGUUUCACGAUACAGUACGACACUGCAACGACAUCGAUUGUCCUACUUUAUUGACCGUAACGAUCAUCGCGACACGAGGAUCGCGUGCCCGUGGGACCUAGAGGAAACGAAAAAGGGACCGUUCCACUUAAAAAACGUUCUGGAUCGCCUAAAUAUUUUUGUAUGCCAUCGCCUCCGCGAAAUGGGACCAAUAAAAUUGGCCGUAGCCAAGCA